AUGGCCAUGCUAGAGAAAACGGAGUUCGGCAUCAAAUGCAAUGGUACUAAGUCCGUAAACACGACCAUUGGGGACUCUUUGGAACAAACUCUGAAGGAAGUCAACUCGCCAGGCCUCAAAAAUAUGGUCUGCAAGGCCGAAUCGGAGGCCCAGCAGCUGUCUGUAGAUGUUUCGGGAAUACGUGCGCCUUUAACCGGCAUAUGCCCUUUGAUUAUCCUGCUCUUCGCCGGAGGCUGGGCGGACAGCUACAACCAGCACAAGGUCUGCAUGAUCAUACCCGUCGUGGGCGAAGCUCUAUCAUUUAUCUGUCUCCUCAUUUCUGCCAUUUUCUUCGAUAGUCUGCCCAUGGAGUUCGGCAAGUAUCUGGAGGAGAUUGUGCCCUCGCUCUUUGGGGGCGGCCUCUUUUGUUAUAUGGCGGUCUAUAGCUAUAUGACGAUAGCCACGCCCGAGGAGGAUCGUGUCUUUCGGUUUGACAUCUUUAGCAUGUUUUUACCUUACUUUUCGGGCGCCAUCAGUGGGUUUCUGUACAAUACACUUGGCUACAUACUGGAGCCUUCGCCUGUGCCUGCAGUGAAACCCUCGCUUCUGAAGGAACUUUUUGAUCCCACCCUUGCGAAGGAAUGCCUACGAUUUCCGUUUAUCAAGCGUAAGAAUCACGGACGUCUUAUGUUACUUCUGAUUCUUCUGGCCUACUUUCUGGGCGAGGGUUGCCUCUUCGGUGAGCGUGGCUUGUGGCUUAGCUUUGUCGAAAAGAAGUUUGACUGGACUGGUACGACUAUCUUAAGCAAAAUGCUCAAGGUUUCGGAUCCCUCCAUUGGCAUACUCGCGGCUGUGGCUACUGUCUGUUCGCGUGUGAUGUUUACCUUUGCCAAUGACACCACAUCGAUUUAUGUGGCCAGCGUUGUGGAGAUUUUUAUCAGUCUUCGAGUUAUUGCCAUUAAGACCAUUGGCAGCAGCAUUGUGGAGGAAGUUGAGGUAAGCAAAUUCUAUUCCAUCUUUGGAAUCAUCGUCAUCACCAAAUUCAUAUUUCCUCCCAUCUACAGUCGGAUCUAUAAUAAAACUCAGGACACAUUUCCAAGCGCCUACUUUCUGUUUGGCGAAAUCUUCUACGUGCCCAACGUUCUAGUCUUUGUGUAA